UGGAUUUCCACCAGUAAAUGAACGUCCUCCAAAUACAGGAUUUCUAGAAUAUAAUUUAAUAAGUGGAAUUCCAUUUCCCAACGAAACUUUUGAUUAUGUUCAUGUGUCAUCGAUGUGGUCAGCGUUUACUAAACAACAGUACAUAAAUGUAAUCCAUGAAUUAGUACGUGUAACGAAAUACAACGGAUGGAUUGAGAUUUUCGAACCUAAUAUGGAUUUUAAAAAUUUGGGAAAUUCUAUGAAAGGUGUUCAAGAUGCUUUUCAUACAAAGUUAAAAGAAAAUGGGAUCGAACCAAUGAUAUUUUUAGAAAUAUCUAAAUGUAUCAAAUCAAUUAAUGAAUUAACUAAUAUCGAACACAGGAAAUUGAAUGAAUCAAUAGGAGGAUGGGCAGGAAGAGGUGGAGAAUGUGUGUUGGAGGCCGUUCAACAAGUUUAUGAAUCUGCUACUUAUAUGGGAAUAUCCCAAAGCGAUUAUCAAAAAUUAAUUGAAGAUUUCGAUAAUCAAUGUAAUCAAAAUUGUACUUAUAUAGAAACACAUAGCUUUUUUGCUAAAAAAGUAAAAAUUCCAGAAUCAUAA